AUAACGCCAUAAGAAUCUCUCUGUUCUCCUUUGAUUACGGUAGAGAGAGGAAGAGGGAGAGGGAGCAAACAAAUGGAAUAAACCACACCCUCAGCCUCAGAACCAUACCAUGGACAAAACAAAAAGCAACGGUUCUCAAUAGAAACCUCCAUUACCGUCGUCCUUCUUGCUCCAUAAUUUUCUCCUCUCUCUCCUCUCUCCUGUCUUUUUUGACUUGGGUUUCAUUUAUUUCAUUUCUCUGUGGCUAUGUCAACCGUUGGCAAAACCGCCAUCAACUCCGCCAGCGGUAGCCCCAGACUCGGCGGUCCCACCACUCACCGACGCCGCGUUGCAGAUUUAAUGACAGAAACAGAGAAACCAGCAGAUAACAUACCCUGUAAAUUAGAUCACGCUGAUCAUGAAAAUCACGAUACACACAGUGACAAUGACGGCGGCCACGGUGGGUGCCAUUGCCAUAACCACCAGCACCACCCUUUAAGGCGGUAUAUGGUGGUACGUAAAAGGGUGCCAGAAAUGUGGGUUUUGGGUGCAGAAGAUUUUUUCUUCAGAUUAUGUACAGUGUGGCAUUUUUCGAAAUCAAGAACGAAUGUGGGGCGUAUUGUAUUUGGGGUUUUGAUGAUGAUGUUGGUUUUGUCUGUUUUUGUGAAAUUUUCAUUCAUGGGUGGUCAUUUAGUAGAGGUGAAUGGGAAGGUUAUUAGGAGAGAGAAUGGACUGUUGAUGUUUCAGGCGUUUAAGGGUGAUUGGUCUUAUGCUCAGAGGGUUUUGUCUGAGGCAUCUUCCGGUGCUGUCAUCCCUAACCUCCGACUGAUGAAAGAGUUAACUGUCCCAGAAAUUUGGAUGAAACCAAAUAGCGAUAGUUAUUAUCAAUGCAUUGCUCGACCAAUGAAUCGAAUAAGGACGGGUUCAGCAACAAAUGGUUAUAUCAUGGUUCAUGCUAAUGGUGGAUUGAAUCAGAUGAGAACUGGAAUAUGUGAUAUGGUUGCUAUUGCAAAAAUUAUGAAUGCCACCUUGGUUCUUCCUUCUCUCGAUCAUCAGUCCUUUUGGACUGAUCCCAGUGAUUUUAAAGAUAUUUUUCAUUGGAAGCACUUCAUUGAGGUUUUAAGAGAUGAUAUUGAGAUAGUUGAAUCCUUGCCACCCCAUUAUGCAACAGUGAAGCCCUUUCCAAAGGCCCCUGUAUCAUGGUCGAAGGCUAGUUACUACAGAGGGGAGAUUCUUUCUUUGUUGAAGCGGCAUAAGGUGAUCAAGUUCACCCAUACUGAUUCACGACUUGCUAACAAUGGCCUCGCAGCCUCUAUCCAGAGGCUUAGAUGCCGUGCCAAUUAUGAGGCUCUCAAGUACACCAAUGAGAUCGAGGAGCUUGGGAAGAAACUGGUGAACAGACUAAGGAAAAAUAGUGAGCCAUUCAUAGCUCUUCAUUUAAGAUACGAGAAAGAUAUGCUCGCAUUCACUGGCUGUAGCCACAAUCUCACUGCAGCAGAAGCUGAGGAACUUCGUAUCAUGAGGUAUGAUGUCAAGCACUGGAAAGAGAAAGAAAUAGACAGCAAAGAACGGCGACUCCAAGGGGGAUGCCCAAUGUCUCCCAGGGAGGCAGCUCUAUUCCUAAAGGCCAUGGGGUAUCCUUCAUCCACAACAAUAUACAUAGUUGCAGGGGAAAUUUAUGGUAGUAACAGCAUGGACGCAUUUCGUUCAGAGUUUCCAAAUGUUUUCUCCCACUCCACUCUUGCGACAGAGGAAGAGUUGGAGCCUUUCAAGCGCUAUCAGAAUCGUCUUGCAGCCUUGGAUUAUAUUGUAGCCCUUGAAAGUGAUAUGUUUGUUUACACAUAUGAUGGAAAUAUGGCGAAGGCAUUGCAGGGGCAUAGGAGGUUUGAAGGAUUUCGAAAAACAGUCAACCCUGACAGAUUGAAUUUUGUUAGACUAAUAGAUUUGUUGGAUAAGGGAGCUAUUUCUUGGGAAGAAUAUGCCUUGGAGGUGAAGAAGUCACACACCAACAGACUCGGAGCACCGUACCUUAGGCAAGCAGGAGAAAUGCCAAGACUAGAGGAGAAUUUUUAUGCAAAUCCUUUCCCUGGUUGUGUUUGUAAUAGAUCUCAGGAGCAAAUUAGUAGCCUGCAACUUGACCGGAGACCGAGUUUAAGGGUUGCUUCACAAAGAUAGGAUUUUGAUAUUAGUUAGAUAUGUGGCUUCGGUGUUAAAAUAGACGACACUCGUUGCUCCAAAUGUCGCUUAUAUGGGUACAAGAAAGAAAUUGAGUUUUCACCUAUCCAGGGGACCAUAGCAGCAAACCGGUCCAUGGAGAGGUCUCAAACUCAAGUGAUUUUGCAGAUGCAAGUUAAUAGUUUUGAUGCACAAAUACACAAGAAGAAACCAAUACUACGAGGAAGCAGAGAAGGUGUCCUACACAAAAGAGACCAAUUACAAGUCAUUUUAAAUGUGGGUUACAGAUAUUUGUACCUAUAUUCAUUAUUUUUUUCUUGGUUCAAUUGUCAUGUUCAGUCGCCAAAUGAGGCUCAUUGU